GAGUGGGGGGUGGGGCAUUAACCUCGCUGUCGCCCCGUUCGCAUUCACAGGUUGUGGACACCUGGGUGGGCUGCAGUCGUCCUGGGAGUUUGCUGAUAUAUUUAUGUGCACACGCCCUGAUCACCCACCCCCAAAUUAGAAUCUGCUGAAGUUCGGGAACAUGCCAUUGACCCUGUUGCAGGACUGGUGUAGGGGGGAGCAUUUGGACACCCAGAGGUCCAUGUUGAUCCUGGGAAUUCCUGAGGACUGUAGUGAGGAUGAAUUUGAAGAGACUCUCCAGGAGGCUCUCAGGCAUCUGGGCAGAUAUAGGGUUAUUGGCAGAAUGUUUAGGAGGGAGGAGAAUGCCCAAGCCUUUCUACUGGAGCUUGCACAAGAUUUUGACUAUGCUUUGGUCCCCAGGGAAAUACUAGGAAAGGGGGGACCCUGGGAAGUGAUUGUAAAACCCAGAAAUACUGAUGGAGAAUUUCUCAAUAGACUGAACCGCUUCUUAGAGGAGGAGAGGCGGUCCGUGUCAGACAUGAACAGAGUCCUUGGGUCCUGCACUAAUUGUUCAGCUCCCAGAUUGGCUAUAUCACCAGAUUUCUGGACCUGGGCCCAGACCCUGGGGGCAGCAGUGCAACCUCUGCUAGAACAAAUGCUAUACCGAGAACUAAGAGUGUUUUCUGGGAACACCAUAUCUAUCCCAGGGGCAUUGGCCUUUGAUGCCUGGCUUGAGCACACCACUGAGAUGCUACAGAUGUGGCAGGUGCCCGAGGGGGAAAAGAGGAGGAGGCUGAUGGAAUGCUUGCGGGGCCCUGCUCUCCAGGUGGUCAGUGUGCUGCGUGCCAACAAUGCUGCCAUCACAGUGGAGGAGUGCCUAGAAGCCCUGCAGCAGGUGUUUGGACCUGUGGAGAGCAGAAAAAUUGCCCAGGUGAAAUUUUGUAAGGCCUAUCAAGAGCCAGGAGAGAAAGUCUCUAGCUUUGUGGUACGGUUGGAACCCCUGCUUCAAAAAGCUGUAGAGAAAAAUGCAGUAUCCCGGAGGAAUGUGAAUCAGACACGCCUGAAACGCAUCUUAGGUGGGGCCACCCUUCCUGACAAACUUCGAGAGAAGCUUAAGCUGAUGAAACAGCGCAGGAAGCCGCCUGGUUUCCUGGCUCUGGUAAAGCUCCUACGUGAGGAGGAGGAGUGGGAGGCCACCAUAGGUCCCGAGAGGGAGAUUCUGGAAGGGUUGGAAAUAGGCCAAAGGCCAUCUGCCAGAGUCGGUGGGGUCAGGGCAGCGCUUGUUCCUGCCCUUGGCAAUACUCUUGAGGCAAGGCCUUCCCAGGGUUCCCGACGCUGGAGGGGCAGAGGCCAACACAGGAGAGGAGGUGUGAUGAGGGCUGGCUCUAGAGGAUCAAGAAAACGGAAACACCACACAUUCUGUUAUGGCUGUGGGGAAGAUGGCCACAUCAGGGCGCAGUGUUUCAACCCCCCCAAUCUGCCCUUGGUGAAGCAGAAGAGACAGGCUGCAAUUGAUUUGGGAAACGGGAGCCGGGCUUGGGACAAGAGCCAUCCCAAGUCCAAGGCCAAGUAGGCUCUGGAAAACAGGGCAACAAUUCUUAUCACAGGCCUAGGAAACAAACAACAGAUUUGAAGAAUGGGCAGAGGCAGCUCAGACAAAGAGCAGAGGGUUUCAGUAGGGAAAAAGGACAGAGCAAUCAGGUCCAGACUGAACCCUGUCACCCUCUACUAGUGGGAAGGGACUCAAAGAACCAAAAUCAGACUUCAUGCAACUCAGUGAGGGUCCAUCACAGGAUCAUCAAGGGGUGCCAGAGUACCAAGCAGGGAGCUGCCACACCCUGCACAUGGGAAUCUCAAGCCUCACACAGAGACCCCAGCGAUACAGAGUAUGAAGACAGUGAGAUGGUGGGCUCUGAUAUGCGUGUCUGCAAUGUCAUCUGGCCACCUCCAAGUUCCUACACUACAGACUCAGAGCUAACGAUGCCAACCAGACACCAGGAUACAUGGAGCGUGGAGGAGCCUGCCCUGGGGCCAUCUGUGUCAGAAGGAGCCAAUUCCUCGGAGGAAGAGCUCCAAGAUAGAGAAGUAAUGCUCCUCAGGGGAGGUCGCAGGGUCCAACCUGUCUUCAGGAUCAUCUACACUGCUCUAGGGGAGCCCCAGGAAGGCAGUACCCUUGAGCCCUUCCGCCCAUAAAGGCCGGGUCUCCAGACCCCAAAGCCCUGGGAGCCCAGCACCAUCCCAGAGGCAGUUUCCUUUCCUGCAGCCUGACAGGGCUGUACGGGCAAGGACACCAAAGACUAAGAAGACCCCCAGGUGGGGGCAUUGGCACCCACUAGGUCAGUGCCCCCAGAGCUGGCUUAGGCGUGAUUGGAUAUAGAAGGCAGCUUUUGCUCCAAACACGAGGAGGUAGGAAAGGAGUGGGAGGAGUAUGAGGGAGGACUUGGAGGGGGGCAGUUUGUUCUGUUUUGUCUGUGCAGGACCACUGGAGAAGUGGAGAGAGCAAGCAGGGAGAAGUGGGGCCUGGCUUGGCAACUCACAAUUCAAGAGCUGCCAACCCAGGGUCAGCCCCAAGCCCUGCCAGCCUAGGGUGGCCAGCCUUGAAGCACUACUCAGCGGCCAUCCAUAGCCUGGAUGAGGGCACCUGAGUACACCUGCCACCUGCACCGGACUGGGAGACGUCGGGGAAGAGAGUCCAUCUCAAGGGUGCCAGCUGCCUGGCUCUCCCAACAGGCAAAACCCCAACCCGAUUCACCGUCCCUGGGGCAGGGUGCUCCUGUCCCUGUCCCUGGAGGCCCACCUUGUCUGUAAGCCCCAUAGUGACCCACCUCAAGCAAACGCCCACCCCCACGCUAGCCACCGUUCCUGUGCAAAGCCGUGAGGUGUGUGUCAACCCCGGGCAGAGGACUGUGCCCUCGCGGCCGGCCACCUCCAGGCCCGGGCACGUGCCGUGAGCUUCCGGGCGAGCCAAGGCUCUGCUCGCUCCUGUCCAGUGUCGUGAGCUCAACCUCUGCUUUCUCAGUGUAGAUCUAGGCCAGCUGCCUGCCUGCCGCUUGUUCUCGUGGAGAUGUGUGUGUGUGUGUGUGUGUGUGUGUGUGUGUGUGUGUGUCUGUGUUCUUAUCUGAGCAGCUCCUCCCAGGAGGCCCUGAGCCCAGUCCCCAGGAGUCGGAGGCGGGAGCCGGCGCGAAGGAUGGACGGCUAGGGCGUGGUGGACGCUCACCCCCUCGGUGAUCAAGACCGCGGCCUCACCUCGGGCAGGAAGCACUGGACCUUAGAUGGAGGGGCAGGGCCAGGGACUGUGCUUGGACGUUCCACCCCCGUUGUUCCUUGUGACUCAGUUUCCUUGGCUUGGGGGGAGGGUGUUCCCUGUUAUGCUUUCCACUGUCCUGUGACCGUUCUGUGCCAGCCAUAGGGCAAGGGCCACCCCACAGCAAGUCAGCCCCUCAGGGAGCUCCCGGAAUGGAAGUGAGUGUUCAAUUGCCAGAGGCCAUUGUCCUGGCAAGAGGCAGUUCUGGGGUCCUCAGAAAGGGAGACUGUGGUGGGAGGACCCCAGCGUGGAGACAGAGGCGGCUCUUCGUCUGCAGCCCCAGGAGGGGGAGGCCCGGGACCUGUGGCCUCGAGUGGUCGUGAAGAGUCCCUUUAGGUGUUGUCAUCCCUUCUCUUCAAUGGUUUCUGUAAAUGUUUCUCUUCAAUAAAUCUCAUGGAUGUUCCAGCCAA